UUACUGUUGUAAAACCACAGAUUAACAAACCUGUAAAACAAUAACAAACCAAAAUGAAAACAUUUUUUUGUUCGUUAUUUGAAUGUGUUUGCAGAAACAUUUUAUCAUAUUUUCUCAAGAAGAAGAUAAAAAUAUUGCAUCAAAGCAAUAAUUUCCUGUUAAUUAGCAAGGAUUAUGACAUGAAGAUUAAUAGUGACAAUCCUAAUGAGUUUACUGUACAGACACAACUGAGGAAACAGUAUCCCCUAUUAGCAAAUGAUAGCUUGUUUCAUGAAUUUUACUUUCCUCACCGUUUAGAUUUUGCUACUAGUGGAGUAAUGUGUAUUCCCAUCCACAAAAAAGCAUGUCAAAUGGCAUCUGAGGCAUUUUCUGGAAAGCAAGCAAAGAAAUAUUAUAUUGGCCUAGCCAGAGGCUUGUUUUCAAAUGAACUGAUUGAUCUAGAUAUUCCAAUAGGAGAAGAUUCUAGAUACAAAAAUAUACAUAAGAUGUGUACAUACCAGUCAGAAUUUUGUACCAAGUCUAGGAAUGCUAGAACUAUAUUCCUUGUGCUGGAAGAAGGCUUGUAUGACUGCUAUCCAGCAACAAAAAUCUUGAUCAGACCAGUGACAGGGCGCAGACAUCAGAUAAGGGUCCAUUGCUCAUAUUUGGGACACACAAUCAUAGGAGAUUAUACAUAUAGUAAUAGAAAAGAUGUUUCCCCAUUCAGAAUGUACCUACAUGCCUUUCGCUUGGUUUUGCCACUUUCUCUGGAACAUAUAGAUGUGCAGAGCUGUGAUCCUUUCCUUACUGAUGAUAAAUGGCAUUCCUUCACAUUAUUUAAUGAAAUCAAUGAGCAAGCUUUCAAAAAAUUAGAAAUUUGUGUGAAGCAAGAAUAAAUAGUUUAAC